UAUAAUGUGACGGUUAAUCGGUUAUAGUUCUUCGGUGGUAAACGCGGAAGGUGUUAGAAAUGUGAGAGCGCAGCGCGUUUGUUUACCGUGGUGAAGCAGUGAGGCGCGGCUCUGAGACACCUGAAGCAGCGCUCUUCCGCGUCGCGUCGCGUCAGUUUACAGGAGCGCUCGCGCUGCAGCGAUGUCACUGCUGGACUCCGAGGACAGCUACGAUUUAGUCUUCAAAAUAGUUCUUGUCGGAGAUGUCGGUGUCGGCAAAACCUGCGUGGUGCAGCGCUUCAAGACCGGCGUAUUCCUCGAAAGACAAGGGAACACGAUCGGUGUGGACUUCACCAUGAAGACCCUGGACAUACACGGCAAGAGAGUUAAGUUACAGAUUUGGGAUACAGCCGGACAGGAGCGGUUUCGCACGAUCACACAGAGUUACUACCGCAGCGCCAACGGAGCCAUCAUCACUUACGACAUCACGAAGAGAGCCUCCUUCAUGUCUGUGCCCAGGUGGAUGGAGGACGUGAAGAAAUAUGGAGGUUCCAACAUCGUCCCGCUGUUAAUCGGUAAUAAAUCAGACCUGCCGGACUUGCGUGAAGUUCCGGUUGAGGAUGCACAGAGCAUGGCUCAGCAGCUGGAUUGUGUUAGCGCCAUCGAGACUUCAGCCAAGGACUCCAGCAAUGUGGAAGAGGCAUUCAACCAGAUGACCAGUGAGCUCAUCCUGAGACACGGCGGGCCCAUGUUCACUGAGAACGUGACCGACAGCUUUAAACUCAACAGCAAGGAUGUGAGCAGUGAGGGCUGGGGAUGUGAGUGUUGAUGAGCAAUAAAAAGCUCGCUCAGUUGCUGUAUAGAUUGAGUGCUGUCAGGAGGAGACCUUACUAGGAGUAAAAGACUCUCAAAACAGUCAGACUUACCUGUGAAGACAUUGGGCAUGAUUGCCAAGAACAAAAUUGUCACACAUUUAAAAAAAAAUCAUAAGCAGACAAAAAUUUUUUCUAAAAAUCUAGGCUUGAAAGAACAAAUAAGACGUUGUCAUAAACCGUAAGAAGUUUCCAGUUCUGUCUGUCCACACUGAACGCAAAACUACUGUGUGACGUGACACAAUCGCAGGCAGUCAGAUGUGUUUGAUGCUUAAUGUGCGGUUAUGGUUAUGUGUAGCCAGACUUUGGACCAGUGAGACUUCACAAUGGCCAGGGCUUCCUGAGAUAACAAAGCAAGCUGCUGAUCAGAUGCCCUGUCGCUCGUCAGACCGGCUGUAGGCUUGCACAUGUGUGUGACGUGUUUAUAUGCCAGCAGAGGCUUUGUACUGCAUGCUUUGGUUGACCGUAUCAUAUUUAAUUGAUGCAAAUGAAGACGAGGCUGUGAGGGAUAGACAUAUUUUGUCAUCGGUGUGAUCGACACCCAGUUAUUUCUCAUUCCAGUUGUGGUAAAUGUGUUUAGCCAGAGUAAGGUGCACUGCCACUGGCUCAAUCUUCCUAAUAGUUAUGUAACUGAUCUUUGGUAACUGGCUCAGCAAUGAUGAAGUCAUUGUCAUCAAUAUUUCUACUUUUUUAUAGCUACUCAUGAUUUCAAGAGCAGAGGCCGCAGUGAUUGUGUGAAAAUGUUGAAAUGGACACUUGCAACAGAACACAGAGAGACAAAUCACUUCUGUUGCACGGAAUGGAGUUUCUGUAGAGGUUAUAGGUUUUGUGACUUUCCCUUUCGUCUGUAUUGACCAGAAAUCUCUCAUUCUGAUUUUACUGGCCUGAAUUCCCAGCUUUGUAUCAGGAGCCGUCAUCCUAAGACAUUUUGCCAAUGUUUUUAAUGCAUUUUUUAAGAUUUAAAGAAAAAAAUAUAUUUAAAAAUGCAACAUUUUUCAGAAUGCAUUUAAUAAUCCAGGUAGCAACAUCACUUGUAAAUGAGUGGCCGUCUGCAGUGCUCUUGGGUGAAUUGGUUUGAAUGCAGUGUG